GUUUUGCUAUAAUAAUCUGAUAAUGGAAAAGAUCUUGAUGAUAUUUUUAGCAUUCAAUGAUGACAGUGCUCUAAUUUAUCUGGAUGAAGGGAACGAUAGAGUAUGAUUGCCCUAACGCACAUUUUCCCCUUGGAGUCACCGUAUUGCCAUUUUUCUGAAAAUCGUGAAUCAACAAUUAAAUCACUCAUCACUGCAAAUGUAGAUCACUGUGUUUUAAAAAGCAAAAAUUUAGUAACUCUGCAGAGUUUGUUGUUUCAAUGUGCUGUCUCCUUCGCCACCAAGGAAGCCAGUGUGACCUACAUCUGCCACCAGCCCCUCAGCACCCUCCCCCCAGGAGUACAUGGAAUGCCCAAACCCGAGGCAGAUGUUCUCAAAAACGUCAAAUUUUUGUACCUGAAAAAUGUGGAGGAAGUUGUAGAAUUUUGUGCCACGGUACAUAACAGAGUUGUGGGACCUGAUCUUGUCAUUUUGGAUGACAUUGACAGUUUUAUCGAACAACUACAGGGUCCAUGUUUGGAACACAAAGCAGCUAGACUUUGUGCACUCCUGCAUGAUGCUGUGGAUUUCAUCAACUCAAGAAAUGAUGGCUCCAGUCUUCUCCUUCUGUCUUGUACUGAUUCAACAAAUCGCCUUACCUCUGUGUUCAGGAAUUCUGGGAUACACGUUCACGAUGUUCAAGAAGUACAGCCAAAUGAGUUUAAGCUGACCACCAUGACAGAAGAUAAGAGCAUCAGUGUGGAUUUUAUUACACAGAAAGGGGAACUCUACCUCAGGGAUUUCCACAUAACAGAGAAGUGAAAAAAGGCCAAAACAAAAAGGGGGUAGAUAAUGGAUACUGGAAGAAUACAACAUCAGUGUGGAUUUAAAACACAGAAAGGGGAACUCUACCGCAUGAAUUUCCACAUGACAGAGAGGUGAAGCAAGACCAAACAAAGA